ACAAUCCCAGCGGGCAGCGGCUGUCCUCUAAAAUCUAAAACCAGGCCGCCUGUUCGCGAGAGAGAGGAGGGAGACGGCGAGGGAGAAAUGAGAAAUCAAUUUAUUAACUAAUUGUCAUUGAGAGGAUGGGGAGGAGCGUAUCUCGGUCGCCGUCGUACCGGAGGAGACACUCGCCGUCCCCGGACCAUCGACGUAGCAGUCGAAGAAGCAAAAGGGGCAGAACUAGUCGUUCUCCUCGUUCCAGGCGCAGAAGCCCUUCGGACUCCCCAAAAAGACGCAGAAGCCGCUCACCAAGUCGCAAACGCCAUAAAAGUCGAUCUCCUACACAAAGGAGGCGUAGAAGACAUCGUAGUAGGAGUGAAUCGUCUUCUCCUUCCAAGUCUUCUUCCUCGAGUUAUGAACGCAGCAUCAUUGCCAAGGAAAAACUGAAGAAAGAAGAGCUUGAAAAGAAGAGGCGUGAACAAGAGGCAGAACUGAAGCGGCUGGAGGAAGAGACAGCGAGAAGAAUAGAGGAGACGGUGCGGAAAAAUGUAGAGGAAAAGCUGAACUCAGAGGAAGUGAAGCUAGAGAUAGAGAGGAGGAUAGAAGAAGGUAAGAAGAAGCUAUUCGACGGUGUUGUUGCCCAACUGGAAAAGGAAAAACAAGCUGCUCUUGCUGAAGCCAGACAUAAAGAGGAACAAGCUCGGAGAGAGAGGGAAGAGCUUGACAAGAUGCUGGAAGAGAACAAGAGGAGGGUGGAGGAAGCACAGAGAAGAGAAGCUCUAGAGCAGCAAAAGAAGGAUGAGGAACGGUUCAGGGAGUUGCAGCUGUUGCAGCGGCAGAAGGAAGAGGCAAUGCAUAGGAAGAAGCUUGAAGAGGAAGAAGAGCGCGCGAAGGCACAUUCGCUGUUGGGCAAUCAUCAUCAUAACAAUAAUAGAGAUCAUAAACCUCGUCAGUCUUUGGGAUUUGGUUCAUGACUAGUUCGUUUUGACUUCAUUGCUGAAUCACAAGUACAAUUGUUCUGCAGAAAAUGUGAUCCAUGGGCCCAUUGGAAACAAAGGGGGAAAUGGUAGAUGUGUAUCCCGCCACCUACCUUUGGUUUUUAGGGAAGGAUCCAGUUAGACCACCAAACUUCAGGAAAUUGUGUAAUAUUAUGAUUAUUAUUUUCAGUGGAAGCAAGAAAUCAAAUGGGAAACAUGGGUGUGAUUAUUAUUAUGUGUUCAUUAUUUAACGCC